AUGUCAGACAGCAACGUGAAACAGGUCAAGAAGGACGCCAAGAGCGCCGCAGAGUCCGCGCAUGUGGAACUGUCCGAAGGAACCAAGAAGGCGUCACAAAAGCUCCGGGAGGAGGCACAAGAACUGGCCGAGGAGGCCGAGGAGCUCAGCAAUAGCGGCGGCAGCGGCUGCGCCGACGCUUUGCACCGGAUCCACCGUGCGGUGGCUUCCCUUUUGGGCGCAGCCGCCGCGCGCGUCUCGGCGGCCGGGUCCACGGUAGCGUCUUCCACGACGCGCGCGGGCAGCCGCGCUCUCGUGGAGCUUCAGAACCCUGUGGUGGUGGCGAACGUGGCGCUGGGCGCGGGAUUGGCCGCCUCGCUGUUGCGCGGCUACGCCAAGUACCACGCGCGCUACCUCAAGGGGAAGUCGGACGGCGCCAUCAUUGCGACCGUGGCGGGCGCGGGCGCGUUCCUGGCGCUGGACGUGGUCCUGUGCUCCAAGUAUUACUCCAAAUUCGACAAAAAGAAGCGCUUGUAG